AUGAAACUCAUGCUUCACAUGAAAUCACACACAUCAUCUGGGCUGUUUAAGUGUAUGUACUGUGAAAAAGCAUUCCUGAAGCUGAACCUACUCUCAAAACACAUGGUGUGUCACAACACAGCACGUCCUUUUCAGUGUGAGAUAUGUCACAAAUCGUUCAAACGUAAUUAUGAACUGACAGGACACAUGAAGGUCCACACUGGUGCAAGGAGCCAUACAUGUGACAUAUGUGGGUAUUCAACCAUACAUAAAUCAAAUUUAGAAAUACACAAGAAGCGACACAUUGGUGACUUUAAAUUUCGUUGUCACAUAUGUAUGAAAGGCUUUUACAGUAAAACAGAGUUGCAAGGGCACUCAACAGUGCACACUGGACAGAAACACCCUUGUGAGUUCUGUGGAAAAGGGUUCUCUCUGAAACAGAACCUUAAUGUUCACUUGCAGAUACAUGAUCCUGACAGAAGCAACAAGCGUUUUCAGUGUGAAACUUGUGGGAAGAAUUACCAACACAAGAACAAGCUCAUAUGCCACCUACGGUCACACACAGGUGAGGCCAGAUAUGUAUGUGAGAUAUGUGGCAAGUCAGUGACAAGUGGUGUCUCUCUGAGGACACAUCGCCGUCUCCAUACAGGCGAGAAGCCUUUUGUGUGUGAUACAUGUGGAAAAGCAUUCAACUCACCCAAUUACUUGCGGAUACAUAAGCGUUCACAUACAGGGGAGAAGCCCCAUACUUGCAACCAGUGUGGAAAGGCAUUCACACAGCGCUCCACCCUUGUUGUGCAUGUGCGAUACCACACUGGGCAGAGACCCUUCCAGUGUGAAUUGUGCAGGAAGGGAUUUGUAACAAGGACGCUGCUCACCACACACCAGAAAAGUCACAACUAG